UCCCCACAAGUUCAGGGGCCUUACAAACAAAACAUGUGUGUAUAAUAGUGCUAACUCUAUCAUGUGUAUUUCUGUGGUUGGUCUAAUGUUAAGUUUCUUUGGUUUUAUUUUAUCCUUUUGAUUUGUUAAAAAGCGUUCUGGAAAUUCCGGGAAUGUUGUAAGAAAGAGCUCUAGAAAUGUUGCAGGGGCAUAAACAAGUGGGCCACAGCAUCCACGCGUGGACCAGCCCAGGCGGGUACUGUAUGUGAAAGAAGAAGAAGGCGGGCUCCGGGGACGCGGCGCCCACACGGGGCUGGCCCUCCUCCUCCUCCAGGUGUUCUGUCGCCCUCCUGCAGGGGCUGCUGCUGCUGCUCUCCGCGCCCCUCGCCUUUCUCGCUCUGCCGGGGACCAGCGGGACGCUUCCUGGAGUGGCCCGUGAAGUCCCUGCUCUCUCUCUCUCUCACACACACACACACAUACACACCCCCGCCCCGAGUGUCACCUCCUCCAGCGGGCAUCGCGCUUUCUCUUCCCGCCCCCAGGUGUGCGGCGGCUCCGUUCCGGCUGUCCUCCAGCCGCCCCAAAAGCGAAAGCGUCACGGGCGGCGGGAGAGUGUCAAGGCGGAAGCCUGCGAGAGGAGAGCGGGCAGAGAGUAACCCGGGCAGACGGACAGCAGGGCAGCUCGGGCGCGGAGCGGAGCGGAGCGACAUGGCGGGGGAGGUCAUCAUCCGCUUCUUCCGAAACAGCCUGCGGAGGCGAUCGUCCAGGAGAGAAGAACACCAGCAUGACCUUCCUGCAGAAAGCAGACCAGCAGCUAGAGAGAGAAACAGCUUCCCUAAUUCUGCUGGACACCUGUUCUUUGAGUAUUUAGUUGUGGUUUCACUUAAAAAGAACGCUAAUGGAGAUUAUGAGCCCAAGAUUACCUAUCAAUUUCCAAAGCGUGAGAAUUUGAUGAGGGGGCAGCGUGAAGAGGAGGAGAGGCUACUACAGGCCAUUCCUCUGUUCUGCUUUCCAGAUGGCAAUGAAUGGACACCACUCAUGGAAUGCAACAGUGAAACAUUUUCAUUUGUCCUCACCAAUGUGGAUGGGAGUAGAAAGAUUGGCUACUGCAGGCGGCUGUUGCCAUCUGGCCGAGGGGCUCGUCUUCCAGAGGUUUACUGCAUUGUGAGCUGCGUGGGUUGCUUUGGCCUAUUUUCAAAGAUUUUGGAUGAAGUGGAGAAAAGGCGGCAAAUCUCUACGGCAGUCAUCUACCCUUUUAUGCAGGGCCUACGUGAAUCCCCCUUUCCAGCACCAGGAAAAACAGUUACCAUUAAAAGUUUCAUUCCUGAUUCUGGGACAGAGCAAAUUGAACUAACCCGUCCCUUGGACUCUCACCUGGAACAUGUGGAAUUUCAAGCCCUCUUUCAGCGCCUCAGUCCUGAGAAGAUCCUCCUCAUAUUUGCUUCAGUAGCUCUUGAACGCCGGAUAGUCUUUUUGGCUGAGGAGCUCAGUUCUCUCUCCAAGUGCAUUCAUGCUGCUGCAGCUCUUCUUUAUCCCUUUACCUGGGCUCAUACGUACAUCCCGGUGGUUCCAGAGAAGCUUCUUAGCACCGUCUGCUGUCCCACACCCUUCAUGGUGGGGAUCCAAAAGCGCUACCUUCCUGAGGUUCUGGAUCAGCCCAUGGAAGAGGUGCUGCUUGUUGACCUGUGUGAAGGAAAGUUCUUAAGAACGGUUGGUGAUGAAGAAGAGAUCUUGCCAGCCAAGUUAAAGAGUGAGAUGCUGACGUCUCUACCUGUGAUGAACAACAACAAUAUACUGACUUCCGAGGAACUCAAUGUCCAUGUUUCCGACACCUUUGUGCAGUUUUUUGUCAAGACUAUUGGCCACUAUCCAGACCACAUCACAUGGAAUAAAAGUGGGCAGGGCUACUUCCAUGAGCGGUCUUUCUGUAAGGCCCUUCCUUCCAAGACCACCCGCAAGUUUGUGAAAAAAUUUGUGAAAACUCAGACAUUCUCCUUAUUUAUUCAAGAAGCUGAACAGAGCAGGAAGUGUGUAGAAGGAUAUUUUCAGAAGAAAUUAAAUGAGUAUCAAGAACAAAAGAAGCAAAGGAGACUUUCCUGAACCUGCACUCCAGAAUAGAGGUUUGCAUGCCAGCAGAGGUAGCCCUGAGACUAGAGCACACCUCGGUGACUCCUUAGGAGGAAGAACACCCUUUUCUUUUGUUGGCUGUGGUGGUAGUGUCCUGCUGCUCAUCUGUGAAUCACUGGGGUGGGGUAAGGGGGCAAGGUGGCCAUAGCAUACAUUGCCUUCCCUUCCCCUCCUUUCUAACAACUGGCGCUACAAACUUCUUGUUAAACUAUAUAAAAACUCAGACAAAGCUGCCAUUCUAAAGAAAAGAGCAGUAUGAAAAUUAUAAAAAGACAAGUGAUCAUGAUGAUCAAAAUAAGACUCUAGGCACACACAAAUGAAGAGGAUAUGGACUGGUUAAUGACAAUGGACUGCAGAGGAAUGCAUGAGAUGUCCCAUGCAUUGAAAGCACUUUUAUUCACAUUAAAAUAGUUCCCACUCCAAAGA